UGUUUUGGUUUUGCGGGUCAAUCAAACAAGUUGCAAAAAAUGGAAUUAGAAGACGGUUUUGAUGAGUUAUUGGCUGAAAUCAGUGAGCCAACAUCUCCUAAAAAGCCUAAGGUAGAAGACGAAAGUGCACAACCUGGAACAUCAAAAGAAACUGCAAGCAAACCAACUUCUUCCAAAACUCACUGCGUGCUUGUUAAUCAGAAACAGAGAGGCAACCCAGUGCUGAAGUUUAUAACCAGCGUACCUUGGGAAUAUGAUGAUGUAAUCCCUGAUUACGAGAUAGGCAAGACUAUUGGUAUACUGUUCAUAUCUGUCAGGUACCAUAAUAUGAACCCUGACUACAUCAAUAACAGGCUCAAAGAACUGGGGAAGAAGUAUGAGCUAAGGGUUUUAUUGGUUCAGAUAGACUUGAAAGAUCCUCACAUUCCACUGAAGAGCCUCACCAGGAUUUGCUUGCUGACAGACAUGACCCUCAUGUUGGCAUGGAGUCCCGAGGAAGCGGCUAAAGUGAUAGAGAACUACAAGAUAUAUGAGAACAAACCUCCUGACCGUAUCAUGGAGAGAAUUGAGAAUGACCCGCAUCAGAAGAUAAUAAACGCUCUGACGUCGGUUCGAUCAGUCAACAAGACAGAUGCAAUGACUUUGGUCACCACAUUUGGUACUCUGGAGAACAUCAUCAGAGCAUCAGAGAGCAGACUAGCCGAGUGCCCUGGCUUCGGGCUUACGAAAGCUAAGAAGCUGUACACAGCACUACACCAGCCGUUCCUGAAAAGGGGGCAUAUUGAGAAGAGCAAAUUCGAAGGAGAUUUGAGCAUAGAAGAUGUUGAGAAAAUUGAGACGGAGAUGCUCAAAGAAGAUUCAACACCUGAGAUUGUCGAGAAAAUUGAGACUUGAGAGUCGAUACUUCAAAGAUAUAUUUUUUUUUGUUUUGGUUUUCCCCGAAGGGUAAGGCAAAGUGAACUAUGCCCAUACAGCCAUGUCUUACGUAUUUUUACUUCAAAGAUAACAUGUCACAUUGCAUUUUACUAAAUACUAAUCAGUAUUCAUUUUUUUUUUUUUUGUUUUGGUUUUCCCCGAAGGGUAAGGCAAAGGGAACUAUGCCCAUACAGCCAUGUCUUACGUAUUUUUUUUCUUGAUGAUUAAUGAAAUGAUGAAAGGUGAUGAAUGAUGAUGAUGAAACCUAAGCCCCCACCCUCGGAGUAGACUCCUACUCCGAACCCCAAACGAAUUAACUCAAAAGUCCGCAUAAACUUUUGAGUUAUGAAGCGGCUUCCCAGCACGAAGCGAAAAUAGGCAGAUACACUUUGUUCAUUGAAUACUCCAAUAUAAUAACACUCGCGAAUGUCUUCUGACUAACUUAAUGCGAUCAUUAACCACAAAACACCACUUCGUAUUUAUUAUUUAGAUUACUCAAUGAAGAAAGCAACUGUCCCGUUCCCGUUUCCCGCCGAAAAGCCUAAUCAGUAUUCAGUGCCUUUCAGUGUUGCCAGACGUGAUUUUUAGCGUAUAAUUAAAUGUUUCGCGCGGGACUAACUAACAGACCUGCUUUUAGGAAUUUUUCGAUGUGGUACUUGAAUAAGAUUUUUGUCUUCGUAAAUUAGUUUCUAACUUAAAGUAUAAAAAUAAAAUAUUUUUUCUCCUAAAAAGUUUUACAAUCCCGCAUUUUUUUUCUACGACAGAAAAAAUCUGGCAACACUAGUAAGUAUAGUACCGGUUUAUAUAUUUAUAUAUUAUAGGUUUUGUAAAUAUAAUAAAAAAGUUGUGAUACCUACACCUACCUAAUAAGUUAAGUAUUUAUCUCGUAAAACAAGCAAAGGUACUAUUAUAAAUAAUACAGAUAUAAAUAAAAUCAUAAACCAAGUAAA